CCGCCGGAAGGGGAAGUUUCGCCGCCGAACUCUGCCUCGUUCGUCCGAAUUCGGUGGCGCCACGUCCGCCGGUCUCCGCCUUCUGCAGCGGGGCUGGGGCGGCUUCCGCCUCGACACCUUCCACUUGCCCAGUGGGCAGCGUCGUGAGGGGGCCGGGACGGGGAGUCGGGCGUCUUUGCACAUCCCGGCCACCGAAGAGGCGAAGAUGUCGGACAUCGGGGACUGGUUCAGGAGCAUCCCGGCCAUUACGCGCUAUUGGUUCGCCGCCACCGUCGCGGUGCCCUUAGUCGGCAAACUCGGUAUCAUCAGCCCGGCCUAUUUCUUCCUCUGGCCCGAAGCCUUCCUCUAUCGCUUCCAGAUUUGGAGGCCGAUCACUGCCACCUUUUAUUUCCCGGUGGGUCCAGGAACUGGAUUUCUUUAUUUGGUCAAUUUGUACUUCUUAUAUCAGUAUUCCACACGACUCGAAACAGGAGCUUUUGAUGGGAGGCCAGCAGACUAUUUGUUCAUGCUCCUCUUUAACUGGAUUUGCAUCGUGAUUACUGGCUUAGCAAUGGAUAUGCAGUUGCUGAUGAUUCCUCUGAUUAUGUCAGUACUUUAUGUCUGGGCCCAGCUGAACAGGGACAUGAUCGUAUCAUUCUGGUUUGGAACACGUUUUAAGGCCUGUUAUUUACCUUGGGUUAUCCUUGGAUUCAACUAUAUCAUUGGAGGCUCGGUCAUCAAUGAGCUAAUUGGAAAUCUCGUUGGACAUCUUUAUUUCUUCCUUAUGUUCAGAUACCCAAUGGACUUGGGAGGAAGGAAUUUGCUCUCCACACCUCAGUUUUUGUACCGCUGGCUGCCCAGUAGGAGAGGAGGGGUGUCAGGGUUUGGCGUGCCCCCCGCCAGCAUGAGGCGAGCUGCCGAUCAGAACGGCGGAGGCGGGAGACACAACUGGGGACAGGGCUUUCGGCUCGGGGACCAGUGACCGAGUGGCCUCUGGCCUGCCCACCAGCCUCUCCACUCAGAUGACGUUUCCUCCCAGUGCGGGGUGACCUUAACCACCGAGUUCUAGCUAAUGCUGUUGGACCUGACCCACACUGAAUGUAGUCUUUCAGUACAAGACAACAGUUUUUUAAAUCCCGAAGAAAAGAAUAUGUGUUCCUCAAGUUUCAUGAUUCUCAUUCAAGUCCUUACUGCUAAGAAGAACAAAUAUCAACUGUGCAGAUUUCA